GGUCGUCCGCAGAGGUUGCAACAGAGUCUUGUCAGUUGCUUUACCUCUGGCAACACGAUCGUUUUAGGAGUGCUUGUGUUUCUUAUCUUUUCUACUUAAAAUACAUACCAGCAGAAUUCUAAUGCAACAUUGUAAGAUAUUCGAUGACCACGGAACAGAUUAUGCAAAAUAAUGUUCUUGCGGAAAGUAUAAUUGUGUAGUCUUACUUGUGAAACUAUAACCUCUAUUUCGCUAAACACGUUUACAUUUGGACUUCUAACAUCGUAAUUCACAAAAAUGGAGAAGAACAUGGGUUUUGCGGUCGGUGGUACAGAACCGUCGGCACCGCCAACAGCACCGCCUUCGUAUGAAGAAGCUGUUGGAAAUAUAACUAGUAAUCCGGCACCGCCAACCAACCUUCCAUAUCCAGUAGGAGAACCUUCUAUGCCAAGACCGUUUUAUAAUCAACCAUCGAGUCAACCGGCGCCGUCAUAUCCGACGAAUUAUCCAGGGCCAGGCGAGCCGUCGAUUCAAAGGCAGAUGCCGUAUAACCCGAGUCCAAAUUUCGUACCACCGACGGAAAUUCGAAUUAUUCAUCAGCCAAUUGCGUACCAGCUGAGCCCAAAUCCUAUAAAAAUGACCUGCCCUACCUGCCAUUCAAGCAUCAAAACAACCACAAUAUCGGAUCAUCAACCAACCGCUCAUAUUUGUUGCAUCGUACUCUGCUUACUCGGAUGUUGCCUUUGCUCGUGUCUGCCAUACUGCAUGAGCAGUUUUAUGAGCGUCCAUCACUUUUGUCCGAAUUGUAAAAAUUAUAUCGGUACGUGGAAGGGUUGAAUCGAGUUAUAUCUAAUCGAACACGCACAUUAUUUGUAUAACCGAUUAAGAUCUUUUGAUGAUCGAUCAUUUCUCCGAAUCCUUGUUAGCAACAAAUAGAGUUACUGAUGAGAUGUUCACCUUAUUUAAUCGUUACGAAUUUUCCAAGCGCAAUCGAUGUACGUGCGGCCGACAAAGUGUCUUAAGAAUAUCGGCAGUUAUGGGAUUGUCAUAGUUUGUGUCAAAAAUACUAUUAUAUGACGCUUAUUUCCUGCGAGAAGACACGGAUGCAAACUGUUAUGAGUGAUAGUUGUCGACGAUUAUACAUUUCAUGUUUGAUUCAAGUUAGACGGACGGAUGGGUGUUGGUGUGCGUGUGUGUACGUGUGUUUUACAAAUAGAAUUAGGUACUGUUAGAAAGAUAUUUUCGAGCGCUGGGUCCGAGAACAGAUUCCUUCCCACUUGCAUUUGACGCAUUCCACUACUUUUUGGAUGUUUUUCUUUUUGAGAACGGUGCGCGUAUUGUAUAGGUAUUUUUAAGUUCGAAAUAAUCGAUUAUUCUUAGAACGUUAAAAUGAUGUUCGGGCUAAAAUCUGAAAGAAUGAACAAACGCGUUUGUUCGGACUACGCAAAAGUAGCGACAUGUAAUAGUGUUCUAUGGAACGUGUUCGCAGUCAAGUGUCAUUGGUUAGAGAAGUCUUAACUUGCCAUUCCGAAUUUACGUGAGAUCAAUUCUCUCUUUUGGUAAUCUUCGACGAUCAGUUGAUUUUAUACUAAGUUUAAAAUGUCGAGAGACUGUACGUUCUUAUUUCUCGUUAGUUUUUAGAGCUCCUUCCUUUCGAUUUACCCCUUUUUCAUUAUUGUUUUACUCGCCUUUCCUUGCUUCUUCCGAUGUAUCUACUUCUAGAAGGGAGCAAAAAGAAAUACGAAAUAGGGCAUGUCGGUUAAAAUAUGCCUUACUUCCAGCAGUUCGCGGCUGAUUCAAACAUUUGUAAGAUUAUACUCUUUAUUAGUUUCUCCAUGCUUCCGUGAUUUUCGAUAAUCUCACAUAGAUUCAAAUUGCCGCAUAGACUCGGAAAAAGGAAUGUGAUAGUUGUAUGACAGCUGCAGGAAGAUUCGAGUAUUUGACCAGCGUCGUUUGAUCGUUUAUUUUAUCGAUUCGGUUAAAAUCUAAUUAAUUUGAUCUGAUUUUUGUCUCGAGCGAUAAUUAUACUUCAAGCUACUUAUGUGAACUGAAAAAAGAGGGGGACAGAGAGAGAGAGAGAGAGAAAAUUGAAAACGGUUUUUAUGGCUGCGUUUGAAAUGUAUUCCGCAGAAUGUGCAUUUAAUGUAUAAUAUUUUUCAUGUAUGUGUUUGGAAUAAUAAAAUAUACGUUUGUUUUAAA